GGAACACUCUGAUGUUCACUCUGAAGCAGUACAGGUGAAAAAUAUCCAAGGAGGUUGAAAUUCAAAAGAGAGACUCUCCCACUGCUGCUAGGAUGAGUGUCUCUCAGGAGAGAGAGGAGGCUGCAGGUCACAGUGAGACACUCAGACCAGAGUCUGCAGCACACAGCUGUGUGCAACAAAGCAGCAAACCAACACACUCUGAUGGAGGCCACUGCUGCUAGGAUGAGUGUCUCUCAGGAGAGAGAGGAGGCUGCAGGUCACAGUGAGACACUCAGAACAGAGUCUGCAGCACACAGCUGUGUGCAACCAAGCAGCAAACCAACACACUCUGAUGGAGGCCCACAGACUCCCAGACCUCCAUCUCCAGUGCCCAGCUGUGUGUCCAUGAAGAGUGAUCAGUCCAUGUUGGAUAUGCCGUACUUCAGCAGUGAAUCAGUUCCAUCAGGUCUAAUCCCACAGACUCCCAGACCUCCAUCUCCAGUGCCCAGCUGUGUGUCCAUGAAGAGUGAUCAGUCCAUGUUGGAUAUGCCGUACUUCAGCAGUGAACCAGUUCCAUCAGGUCUAAUAUUAAGUGCUGAUCUGACCCAGGAUCAGUCCAGGUGUGGAGUGUGUGAGCAGGUCCUGAGGGACCCAGUCAUCACCACCUGUGGACACAGUUUCUGCAGGCAGUGCAUCAGCAGCUACUGGGAGCAGCCUGGACUACCAGGAGACCAAGUCUGUCCCCAGUGUGGGAAGACAUGCAGAACCCAACCUCCUCUACAGCCUCCUCUGGAUGAACACACAGAUAUGAGCACACAGGGUGAACACACAGGCCUGAUCAACAGCAGAACACACCUGCACACUGAACAUACACCAGGCAGAAAGAGGGAACUAGAUGAGGACCUGAGGAGAGUUAUAGAGAAUCACAAAGUCAGUCUGAAGAGGAGGUUUGAGAACAUAUCUGAAGGCAUCAUCAAACCAGGAGCUGAGACACUCCUCAAUAAGAUCUACACAGAGCUCUACAUCACAGAGGGAGAGAGUGAAGGGGUGAAUAAGGAACAUGAGGUUUGGCAGGUAGAGUCAGCAUCCAGAUCUCAAAACACAGAAGACACACCAAUCAACUGCAAUGACAUAUUCAAGCCCUUACCUGGACAGAAGAAGCACACCAGAACUGUGAUGACCAAAGGUGUUGCUGGAAUUGGAAAAACAGUCUCAGUGCAAAAGUUCAUUCUUGAUUGGACAGAUGGGGCAGCCAAUCAAGAUAUAGAUUUUAUAUUUGCCCUUUCUUUCCGUGAGCUUAAUUUAGUCAAGGGUGAUCAGUACAGUCUUCACAGGCUCCUGCUGGACUUCCACCCUGAGCUGAAGGAGCUGAAUGAUGGUGAGGGAUACAAAGACUGUCAGGUUGUGUUCAUCUUUGAUGGUUUGGAUGAGAGUCGGUUGACUCUGGAUCUGGAACAGAACAGUAAGUUGUCUGAUGUGAAACAAACAUCAUCAGUGGAUGUUCUGAUGACGAGCCUCAUUCAGGGAACUCUGCUUCCCUCUGCACUCAUCUGGAUAACCUCACGACCAGCAGCAGCCAGUCAGAUUCCAGCUCAGUACAUCAACCAGGUAACAGAAGUACGAGGAUUCAAUGACCCACAGAAGGAAGAAUACUUCAGGAAGAGAAUCGGUGAUGAUAGUCAGGCCAACAGAAUCAUCUCUCACAUUAAAGCAUCCAGGAGUCUCCACAUCAUGUGCCACAUUCCAGUCUUCUGUUGGAUUGCAGCCACUGUACUUGAGCAGAUUAUGAAAAAGAAAAACAUUAAAGACAUUCCCAAAACACUGACAGAGAUGUUCAUACAAUUCUUGCUUAUCCAGACCACCAGGAAGGAUCAGAAAUAUCAGAGUGAAACUAAAGCAAAUCAAGCGAAAGUUCUGGAAUCUCAGAGAGAGAUUUUACUGAAGCUGGCAGAACUGGCUUUCAGGAGUUUGGACAAUGGAAAUCUGAUGUUUUAUAAAGAAGACCUGCAAGAGUGUGGCAUUGAUGUCAGUGAAGCCUCAGUGUACUCUGGCAUGUGUACUGAGAUCUUCAAGACAGAAUCUGUGUUUCACCAGAAGAAGGUCUACUGCUUUGUGCAUCUCAGUGUCCAGGAGUUUCUGGCAGCUUUGUAUGUGUUUCACUCUUAUGUGACUGAGAACCUUGCGGCACUGACAUCCCUUAUCAGUGACGAACACAGACAGAGAGAUGAUCCCAACCCCUCGAUUUUAUCAUCUCUUCAAGCAGUGCUGGGCUUACAAUCACAGGAUCAUCUACAUGUGCUGCUCAAGAGUGCAGUGGAUGAGGCUUUGAAGAGCAGCAAUGGACACCUGGAUCUCUUCCUUCGCUUCCUUAUGGGCAUUUCUCUGGAGAGCAAUCAGAGACUUUUAAAAGGUCUACUGAACCAAACAUACAGCACCUCAAAGAGUAUUAAAGAAACAUGUCAAUAUAUGAAGGAGCUGAACAGAAAAGAUCUCUCUCCUGAACGAUGCAUCAAUCUUUUCCACUGCUUAUUUGAAAUGAAUGAUCAUUCUAUGCACAAAGAAAUUCAGAAAUUCCUGUCAUCACCAAAGAACAUCAAACAGAAGUUGUCUCCUGCCCACUGUUCAGCACUGGCCCACAUGCUUCUGAUGUCUGAGGAUGUGCUGGAAGAGAUUGACCUGAAGAAAUACAACACAUCAGAUGAGGGACGCAGGAGACUGAUCCCAGCUGUGAGGUGCUGCAGAAAGGCACGGCUCUUUGAAUGCAGACUCUCAGAGAAGUCCUGUGGAAUUGUGGCUGCUGUUCUACAGUCACCAAACUCCCUGACAGAGCUGGACCUGAAUCACAAUGACCUGGGGGAUUCUGGAGUUCAGCUUCUCUCUAAGGGACUGUCUAGUCCUAACUGCAAACUGCAGACAUUAAGACUUGCUGAAUGCAGACUCUCAGAGAAAUCCUGUGGAAUUCUGGCUGUUGUUCUACAGUCACCAAACUCCCUGACAGAGCUGGACCUGAAUCACAACGACCUGGGGGAUUCUGGAGUUCAGCUUCUCUCUAAGGGACUGUCUAGUCCUAACUGCAAACUGCAGACAUUAAGUCCUGUGGAGUUGUGGCUGCUGUUCUACAGUCACCAAACUCUCUGACAGAGCUGGACCUAAGUCACAAUGACCUGGGGGAUUCUGGAGUUCAGCUUCUCUCUAAGGGACUGUCUAGUCCUAACUGCAAACUGCAGACAUUAAGGCUCAGCAAGUGUGGUGUGUCAGAUGAAGGUUAUGUUUGUCUGGCUCUGGCUCUAAUGAUAAACCCCUCCUGUGUGAAGGAGCUGUACGUGAACAACAAUCAUUCUGGAGGAUCAGCACAGAAGCUGUUAUCUGCUACACUGGAGGAUCCUCACCGCAAAGUUGAAACACUUCAAUUUGCUGACUGUAAACUCUCAGAUAAAUCCUGUGAGAUUGUUGCUUCAGUUCUACAAUCAGCAAACUCCCUACUACAGCUGGACUUGAGUGACAAUGACCUGGGGGAUUCUGGAGUUCAGCUUCUCUCAAAAGGACUGUCCAGUUUUAACUGCAAAAUACACACAUUAAGACUUGCUGAAUGCAAACUCUCAGAGAACGCCUGUGGAGUUGUGGCUGCUGUUCUACAGUCACCAAACUCCCUGACAGAGCUGGACCUGAGUCACAAUGACCUGGGGGAUUCUGGAGUUCAGCUUCUCUCUAAGGGACUGUCUAGUCCUAACUGCAAACUGCAGACAUUAAGACUUGCUGAAUGCAAACUCUCAGAGAAGUCCUGUGGAAUUCUGGCUGCUGUUCUACAGUCACCAAACUCCCUGACAGAGCUGGACCUGAGUCACAAUGACCUGGGGGAUUCUGGAGUUCAGCUUCUCUCUAAGGGACUGUCUAGUCCUAACUGCAAACUGCAGACAUUAAGACUUGCUGAAUGCAAACUCUCAGAGAAAGCCUGUGGAGUUGUGGCUGCUGUUCUACAGUCACCAAACUCCCUGACAGAGCUGGACCUGAAUCACAAUGACCUGAGGGAUUCUGGAGUUCAGCUUCUCUCUAAGGGACUGUCUAGUCCUAACUGCAAACUGCAGACAUUAAGGUUGGUGUUAGACAUGUCUUUGUAAAGGAUUAUUGUUAGGACUAGUGUGGCACAUUAUGGUUUGGUUGGUGUUUUAUAUGUGUUUUAAGGCCUGUCCACACCAAGUCCAAUUUUUCAGAUGAAAUUCACACAAAAUUAAGCAGGUUAAUAAACACAGUUAUUCUAAUUAGUCUGUACUCACCGAGGACGGAAUUUGUUGCAAUGAAAA